AUGCUGGAGGCGGGUAUCUACCUAAUCCCGAAGCAGUGCUUCCGCUCGCACCCCGCCUACAUUGACAUCUUUGAGCUCUUCCAUGAGACCACCUGGCAGACGGAUCUGGGCCAUCUUUGUGACCUCAUCACCGCACCCGAGGACAUCUUCAAUUUCGACAACUUCCCUAUAAAGUACAUGUUCCUUGUGACCUACAAGACAGCUCACUGCAGCUUCUAUUUGCCUGUAGCUCUGGCCCCUAUGUACCUGCAGCUGGCCACUGAGGAAACCCUCAAGCAGGCUCACGACAUCCUAAUUCCUCUGGGCCAAUACUUCCAGAUCCAGGUUGACUACUUCGACAACCUCGGUAACCCGUCUAUCAUUGGCAAGAUCGGUAACGAUAUUCAGGACAACAAAUGCUCUUGGCUCGUCAACCAGGCCAUUCAGCGCUGCACUCUCGAGCAGCGCCAGCUCCUGGAUGCUUCCUACGGCCGCAAGGGCGCUGCUGAGGCCAAGCUGGAGAAGGUAUACAAGAAGUACGAGGAGAGGGUUGUUGGUGAGCUGCACGAGAAGAUUGCGGCCGCCCAUGAGUCUAAGGAUCUGGAGAAAAAGGUCUUCGAGGCCUUCCUUGGCAAGAUUUACAAGCGCACCAAAUAG